UUUCGGAGUGAUGAAAGGAGCAGACACAAACCAAUGCCAAAAAUAGCCAUUUCCCUUUAUACCAUGUGACACCCUUUUUUUUUGCGGAAAUACAGCCGUUUUCGCCACUAAAAAAAACCCGUCGAGCUUGAAUUCUCGUCAUCGGCACUCAUAAUUGACAGUUACUUCUUCUCUCACUUGGUUUUUUGAAACAUCAUGGACUUGCCAGCCAAUUGGGUUAUUCGCCAUUCUCGAACUUACAACAAAGACUACUAUUUCAACACGGUGACCAAAGAAAGCCGAUGGGAUGCUCCUCCGGCUGACGAUACCGAACGUGUGCGCGCUAGUCAUCUUCUAGUGAAAUACAUUGGUUCCAGGAGACCCAGUUCAUGGAGAGAGGAAAAUAUUACGCGUAGCAAAGAAGAAGCGUUAGACAUCAUUGAGGAGUAUCAGAAACGUAUCGAAGCUGGAGAGGACACAUUGUCCGCUUUGGCUACCAAUUAUUCCGAUUGUUCGAGUGCCAAACGGGGAGGUGAUCUUGGCUAUUUCGAACGCGGGCAAAUGCAGAAGCCUUUUGAGGACGCCACUUUUAACCUCCAAGUCGGCGAGCUGAGCAAACCCGUGUGGACCGACAGUGGCGUCCACUUGAUUCUGAGAACAGCCUAG